AUGUUGGAUGAUGACGAUGAUGGUGAUGAUGAUGAGGUGAAUUUUGAGGACGAGGACGAUGAUGAGUUUAAUCCAGCUGAAAUUGUGUGUGAUCCCGCUCAUAGGCAACAAAUUGCUGAUUAUCAUCCGAAUAUUCAAGAUCAGCAACCAGGAAGUAGUACACAUUUUGGUUAUGAUGUCUUCACCAAAAAAGGAUUCAGGGAUUGGAAGCAUGCAUAUCAGGCAUUGCCUGCUCAUGUUGGUGGGGUAAAUAGUGCACACAACAAGGCAAGAUUGCAUUAUGAUGAUUUUCGUAAUCAAAGGCAAAGCGUGUCUAGUAACUUUGCUAGGUCAUCCAAGGAGUCUGAAGUACUUUACAAAAUUCGGUUGCACACUUCUCUGGGUUGUGCAAGAUAUCUCAUUGCUCAAGGCUUGGCUUUUCGUGGCCAUGAUGAAAGUUCAACUUCACUGAACAAGGGUAACUUCCGUGAGAUGGUAGAUUGGCAUAAAGCUAGAGAUGAGAAAGUGAGGCAUGCUUUUGACCAUGGUAGUAGAAGCUGCAAGAUGCUUGCUGCUGAAAUUCAAAAAGAUCUUGCAAAGUGUUGCGCAGAAGAGGUCACCAAAGCGAUCAUGAGAGAAAUUGGUGAUAAGAAAUUCUCUGUGCUUAUCGAUGAGUCACGUGAUAUAUCUGUCAAAGAGCAAAUGGCGGUGAUGUUGAGGUAUGUCAAUGAUAAAGGGAAGGCCGUGGAACGAUUUCUCUCUCUAUACCAUGUCAGUGAGACUACAUCAGAGGCACUAAAGAGAAAAGAUAUAAACAUUGUUAAUGCCAUUGAACUAGUUGGUGAUGUCAAAGCUCGGCUGGCCUCUAUGAGAGAAAGUGGUUGGGAAAGCUUGUUCGAUGAAGUCCAACACUUUUGUGUCGCCAAAGGUAUUCCGGUGCCCGAUAUGAAUGAAAGAAUACCGGUCCGAGGUCGUUCAAGGCUUGAUGGUGUGACUUACACCAAUCUUCAUUUCUAUCGAGUUGAGAUCUUCUAUGUCGCCAUUGACAAGAUAUGCACUGAGAUGAAUCAUCGCUUCAAUGAAGCAUCUUCAAAUAUAAUAGUGGCCUUCUCAUGCCUUCAUCCAAAAAAUUCCUUCUCCAAGUUUGAUGUUGACAAGCUUGCUAGCUUAACUGAAGUUUAUCAUGGAGAUUUCUCUAGUGGUGACCGUGCAAUCAUAAGAGACGAACUUCAGACUUACAUUCUUCAUGUACGAAGGCAUGAGGCCUUUUCUUCUUGUAAAGAUAUUGAAAGUUUAGCUACAACGAUGGUUGAAACUGAGAAACAUUUGGUUUUCCCACUGGUGUACAGAAUCAUAGAGUUGGCUUUGUUAUUGCCAGUCUCAACGGCAUCGGUCGAAAGAGCUUUCUCGGCAAUGAAGAUUAUCAAAUCUAAAUUGCGCAGCAAGAUGAUUGAUACAUGGUUUAAUGACUUGAUGAUUUGCUACACCGAGCAGGAGAUUUUUAAAGGACUUGAUGAUGAUGCUAUUAUUAAACGGUUUCAAGCCAUGAAGUAUCGGAAAGGGCAAUUGCCCAGGUCCAAUUAG